UGCUUGAGGUCUCGUUACCAUGUGCGCUUUACUCUCCAAGAGAUUAAUAAAAUUAAACCAUAACAGCGGCACAAUGGGUUCAAACAGGGUAUGAUAGUAUCCGUGUGUUAAGAUACCUUGCAUUGCAAAUUCCGGUAGUCGUUCCUACACUGCGCCAGUGACACAGCUCUAUUGAUCAUGUAGGAUCUUGCAAUGAGCGGUCAAGCUGUUAUAACGUCGUGCUUUGUUAUAUAGUUGUUAGAAUUUAUUUUUUUUCUUAAUGUAGAUUUGAAGUAUUACGUAACGGCCCGUUGCAUUUUAUUGAUUGAAAAAGAUAUCUGAAUUCGAUUAGCUUCUGUCAAACCUGCGAGCGCAUUUAUAAAAAGGUCAGGCGCUUUAAAGUGAAAACGCGAUGAAGACGAUGCGGGUCACUGAGAAGAAGAGAGGCGAGGAUCAAGCCCCCAUCAAGAUUAAUAAACCCAGGGAUGUGUGUCUGGUCGUGAAUAAGAAGGUUCUCGCAGAGAGGAACCAGGCGGUUGCGCCGGUGGCGGCUUGGGUGGAGAGCGGUUUGGACUGCCAGCAGCACGCAGGCAUCACAGCUCUGCAGACGGAGGAGCUGUUCAGUGAGGUGCACCGGGAAAAGGCAGAGAGCCUGAGGAGAUUCCAGCGGGAGGUCAGGCACAGGGUGGCACAGCGCGCCCGGUUCAGGAAGAAGCAGCAGCUGCAGAAGUCAUACGAAGCUGCUGAGCGUGAAGGGUGUGUGGUGCAGCAGUCCUGCGAUGCCGCCCGGCACCUGACCCCAAAGAAGAACACAUGCAAGUACCACCACCAGAGGGAGCUGGCGAUCUGCAGCCCCGGGUCUCGCUGGGUCAUUGCCCAGGGGCUGGGAGUCCAGGAGGAGGAGACAGGGCCAUCAACUGGAGCCUUCCAUCAGCAGGCCAGCAGGCUCAGUAAAGUGAUGAAGCAGGCCAGACGCAGACUGGCUGCCUGCCAGAUUGUCCCCACAGGCAAAGUGACCUCAGAGCUUCCAGGAGGCAUUUGGAGGGUGUCACCAACCCGAGAUAAGCCUGUGUCUCACCUGCUGCCCCCUGCUGGAGAGGAAGAGGAAGACUCUGAGGAGGUCGUUCUGGCCGGGCAGCAUGACCCUCCCCUGGGGCUGCAGGAGAAUCCGACAGACAGCCAAGCUGCGAAGACGGUCUCAUUUCAAAGCCAGCAGGUUUGUGGCCGGUUACUGAGAGAGCCUUACCCGACAGGCCCCUGCCCUGGGUUCAGCACAGAUUACAGGGCUGCCUUGGUGCUCUGCCCUGGUGUGGAUGAAGAGGAAAUCAGAAAACAGCGUCAAACCCAGUACCUCAUGUACCGACGCCUCUUCAUGGACAUUGAGCGAGAGCAGGUGAAGGAGCAGCGCAGGCAGAGGGAGCAUCACAAGAGAAUAGCCUGCAUCAAGGCAGACAAGGAGCGUCAGCGACGGGAGGUGGAGAAGAGGAUUCUGGGCUUGUCUCUUGCUGACGAGGGUAGAGAGGAUCCGGGAGAGAGGGAACGAGAGAUCUUGGAGCAGAUGAGACUGGAAGAGCAUGGCGGGGCCCAGGAGGCGAAGGAGACGAAAGAAAAGGUGCAGAAACUCAAGGAGACCACCAGGUAUGUAGAAGCUGUCCGAGCCCAGAUGAGAGAGAAGAUGAAGCUGCAGAGUGUUGAUCUGCCCCCUCUCUGCUGCUGUGGGGAAGACUUCUGGGACUCCCACCCGGACACCUGUGCCAACAACUGUGUGUUCUACAAGAACCCCAGAGUCUAUGUUAAGGCUUUGCAGUCAGUGAUCUCCUCCUGUGACAUGUGGGAAGGGAACCGAAGCAAUCGAGUCUCGAUGAGGAGGAUCGCUAAUGCACACGCGCGCUCCCCCAGGAAGUAGAUCCCAAUCACAGGAAAUAGCAGGUGAUCAUUCAACCAAGUGAUCCAGUAAAACAUUGUAGUUAACUCUAGGAUUGUUAGAGCUUGACAGAAUUACUGGAGAUACUUCUGCACAAUGAUCAGAAUUUCAGAAAUGUAUAGCACCUCAAUAGCCAUGUUGUUGUGUGUAGUGCUGCCUUGAUUCCAGGUUUUGCUGUGCUGUAGCUCUAGAGGUGCUGUGAUUACUACAAGGCAUUUGUGUGCGAGUAUGUUGGGGAGGUAGGAUAGUCCUGGACCAGGCAAACAGACCACGUCCCUUACACAGAUUUCACAUUUAUUGUUUGUGUGUCCGAAUGUAUAGAAAGACGUUUCAUAUCCAUACUGCACUGGUUUUAUAGAGAGCUAUCGUUUUGGAGACGGCUAGCUUCAAACCAACUCUACCUCGUCCCACCAAAAACAAUGCAUGCAGUUCUCAAUAAAUAAUACGAUUUCAUUAUGAAUUAUUCAAUUGAUUUUUGUGUUUCCA